AUGGAUGCGUCUUCUUGGGAGUCCCAUGACAAUAAUGGGGUUUCUGCUAAGUUAUCAAAAAAUGAAUUUGUUACAACCAUAUUUAGUGAUAAUAAAAAUAUUGACGAUAAAUAUGAGCAUGCUGAGUCUUUGACAGAUUAUACAAAAACAGAGAAUAGAAAUAUUUUUCAAAGAGUUAUUGAUUCUUUUAAACCGCCUGCUAACGGUUCUUUCCACACAAGUAAUUUGAAACGGUCAUUGAAAUCGAGACAUCUGAUCAUGAUUGCUAUUGGGGGGUCCAUUGGUACAGGUUUAUUUAUUGGUUCUGGUCAAGCUCUGGCGAAUGGUGGCCCAUUGGCAUUGGUUUUGGGUUGGUCUAUUGCUGGUUCUCAAAUUGUCGGUACAAUCCAUGGUUUAGGUGAAAUCACAGUUAGAUUUCCUGUCGUCGGCGCUUUUGCAAACUACCAAACAAGGUUUUUGGAUCCAAGUUUAAGCUUUGUUAUCUCUACCAUUUAUGUCCUACAAUGGUUUUUUGUUCUACCGUUAGAAAUUUUGUCAUCAGCAAUUACUGUCCAAUAUUGGAACGAUACCAUCGAUCCUGUUGUAUUUGUAGCGAUAUUUUACUGUGCCAUCGUGUCUAUCAAUUUAUUUGGGGUGAGAGGGUUUGGUGAAGCAGAGUUUGUUUUCUCAACUAUUAAAGUAAUCACUGUUACCGGUUUUAUCAUCCUAUGUAUUAUUUUAAUCUGUGGUGGUGGCCCAACACAUGAAUUCAUUGGUGCCAAGUAUUGGCAUGAUCCGGGGUGCUUAGCAAAUGGUUUCAGGGGAUUUUUAUCUGUUUUGAUUACAGCCUCAUAUUCCUUAGGUGGUACAGAAAUGACAUGUUUAGCAUCCGGUGAAACUGACCCUAAAGAAUUACCCAGUGCUAUUAAACAGGUCUUUUGGAGAAUUUUAUUUUUCUUCUUAGUAUCAUUAACAUUAGUAGGAUUUUUGGUUCCAUACACAAAUGAAAAUUUAUUGGGUGGUUCUUCAGUUGAUAACUCUCCAUUUGUUAUCGCCAUUAAAUUACAUAACAUCAAGGUGUUGCCUUCCAUUGUUAAUGCUGUCAUUUUGAUCAGUAUUUUAAGUGUAGGUAACUCCUGUAUCUUUGCUUCUUCGAGAACCCUUUGCUCUAUGGCUCAUCAAGGUUUGAUCCCAUGGUGGUUUGGUUACAUCGACCGUGCUGGUAGACCAUUGACUGGUAUUGUCAUUAACUCAUUAUUUGGAUUGUUAGCUUUCUUAGUCAAGUCAUCAUCUGUUUCUGAGGUUUUCGAUUGGUUAAUGGCCAUUGCUGGUCUAGCUACCUGUAUUGUUUGGUUAAGCAUUAAUAUUUGUCACAUUAGAUUCAGAUUGGCCAUGAAAGCACAAAAUAAAACAAUAGAUGAAUUGGAAUUUGUAAGUGCGGUAGGUGUUUGGGGGUCUGUAUAUUCCGCAAUUAUCAAUUCACUUAUUUUAAUCGUUCAAUUUUAUGUUUCAUUAUGGCCAAUUGGUGGAUGGACAGAUUCUAAGGAUAGAGCUGGAAAGUUCUUCCAAAAUUAUCUAUGUGCAAUCGUCUCUCUUAUAUUUUUUAUUUGUCAUAAACUUUAUUUUAGAUAUAAAACUAAAAAAUGGUGGGAAAUCAUUCCAUUAAAGGAUAUUGAUUUGGAUACAGGACGUAAGAAUAUUGAUAUCGAUAUUGUGAAAGAAGAGAUCAAGGAAAGAAAACAAUACUUGGCAACCAAGCCAUGGUACAUCAGAUUAAUGCAUCACUGGUGUUAA